AGGACGUCUCCUGCUGAGCGGGGGAAAUAACCGUGGAGAGGCAGCGGGGAUAAAUAGAGGCCCGCAGCCCCAGGCACAGCACGGUGUCUCCCCGCGGCUUGCCCCGCAGCAUGGCGUGCCAAGCGGCCGGCGAGGAGCUGCCGCGCCCCCGCGGCGGGGCCAUGCCGCGCCCCUGCUGCAAUGGCUACAGCGAGCUGUUGUCGGCCGAGAUGCGCCGGGCCCUGGUGCAGUAUCGCCCGGAGAAGCGCAGCCGGGAGGAGGCGGCCGAGGGCGGCGAGCUGCCUGCCUUGGAGGACGCCUACCUGAGCAUCCUGGAGGGGCUGGGCGAGAACCCUGCCAGGCAGGGGCUGCUCCAGACGCCCAGGAGGGCUGCCAAAGCCAUGCAGUUUCUCACGAAAGGCUACCAAGAAACCAUCGAGGAUAUACUCAAUGAUGCAAUCUUUGAUGAAGACCAUAAUGAAAUGGUGAUCGUUAAGGAUAUUGAUAUGUUUUCCCUUUGUGAGCACCACUUGGUACCCUUCUUUGGCAAGGUACAUAUUGGAUACUUACCUGUAAAGAAAGUGGUUGGACUAAGCAAGCUUGCAAGAAUUGUUGAAAUCUUUAGUCGAAGACUGCAAGUUCAAGAGCGGCUUACCAGACAGAUCGCUCUGGCAAUUACUGAGGCUCUGAAACCUGCCGGAGUGGCUGUGAUUGUAGAAGCAUCUUAA